AUGACAUGCACAAAAGGUCAACUACGACCAUUUUCUCAAUUGAAACAAAGGAACGUCACUACGGACAAACUCAUCGAUUGGCUUAUUCCAUUUAGCGUUAUUGAACGAUAUGCAAGCUAUUUGAUUUCCACUUCUAUUGAUUCCAAUGACAACACAACCAUUUGUCAAUGUUUUCCAAGUCGAAUCGGCACGAAAUGUGAAUAUAAACUGACAAAGGAAACUGUAAGUAUUUCUCAAGUGAUACAAAUGCAAUUAAACGGUAACAAUGAGAUCCAAAAAGAAUCAGAAUUACCAGCAUCUUUUGUCAAUGAAAUAUCAUGUAAUACAAGUACUCUUAAUUUGGAAUGGCGACAAAUUUGUGAUGGCAUUGUCAAUUGUCAAAAUGCAGCUGAUGAACUCGAUUGCCAUUUGUUAGAAUUCAACAAAUGCAACACGGAUGAAUUCCAAUGUCGAAAUGGAAUGUGUAUUCCAAAGGAGUUCUUAUUUGAUGCGGUGCCCGAUUGUAUGGAUUUGAGUGAUGAACAAGAAUUGAGUGAUAUCUAUCAAGUGUACAAUAGGUGUCCGAAAAUGUCGACAGUGGAAUGUGAUGAACGUCUUUGUCGGAAGGAUGAAUUUUCAUGUGGUGACGGGCAAUGCGUAAAAUGGUCUUCUCUCAUUGAUCAUCAGGUCUCUUGUGAAAAUUGGCGUGAUGCAACUUACUUCUGCGAGACACCCGACUUUGUAAUAACUAAUCAUUUGAUAGCAAAUGCUAUCUGUUCGCCAACAAGUCUUCAAAUACCUCAAUUGACAAAUACAUCAAGCUGUUUGAUAAGUCUUCGGUAUUUGCUCCUCACAACUGGAGAACAACAACUGAGUAAAAUGCGUAAAAUGGCUAUAAACAAUAUUAAGGAUCGUUGUUUAGAAACUAUUGAAUAUCCUGAACAAAGUCAGCAAAAUUUUACAAAACAAAUGUUAAAACGACCGGAUCUUGUCUGUUUCAGUGGUUCGAUGGUUUGCCAUGGGAUCUGGAUGGCACUCCAGAAAGAUCAUUGUAUGAACUACAAUUACUUUCGAACACUUACUUCGUAUCCAUUCUUCCCAAUAUCUCAAUUAUUCUGUCAUGAAGCAGUAAAACAAGCCAAAUUUGAAAAUGUUACUCUAUUCCAAUCGAAUACAUAUGGACAACUACCAUUAUCAAUGGUUUUUACUUGUCCGAAUACGUCAGAUUAUAUCUCACUACGUCGUGUCAACGAUGGCUACAAAGAUUGCCUUUAUGCUGAGGACGAAAAGAAUAGUGCUUACACGAUGAUCGAACCAUUUCGAUAUCGUUGUCAGACAGGAUCAUCGCCAGUUCAGUAUGUAAGCUUUCAACAAUUGGGCAAUGGAGUGAACGAAUGUGCAGAUGGUAGUGAUGAAAUCUCAAGUGAACUGAGUUGGUCUUCUUUGGAUUGUAGGGUUGAUGAUAAUUAUGCUUGCUGGGUAUUUCGAGGUGAUGGAAUCAUUGAGAAUAGAAUAAAAGAUGUUCGACUACCUUUUCAUCUUUAUUGCGAUACAGUUUGGGAUACGAUGGAUGGUCGAGAUGAACGAAAUUGCUCUAAAUGGGUUUGUGCACAUGGAACUUAUCAGUGCAACAGGACAAGUCAAUGUAUCAAAAGAACAUAUUUAUGUGACGGAGAAUUUGAUUGUGAUGAUGGCGAAGACGAAUUGAACUGUCCUAGACGAUCACAAGAAUGGCCUUUAGAAUUCGUUUGUAACAAAUCAAAUGAACAUCUUUGUAUAACAUCACAAUAUCUACAGGAUCGCAUACUAAACCGUCCUUGUACAUCAUACACCAAUGUUGGUGAUGGUAAAAUUGACUGUUUAGGUGGCCAAGAUGAACGUAACGUAUUCUCUUGUUCAGAUCAUACAAUGCUUGGCAAUCGAUUUUUAUGUGAUAAUUAA